AUCCUGCCGGUAUCGAUGGCCGUGCGAAAGCGCAGCGAAUGUGGAACGGCGCGAAAGGCUGCCGCGGCUGCACAAGCAGACGACGACAACGAAAACAAAAUGACAGCAACGCCGGCUGCCGCCGUGGCGUGGCGCAGCGAGCGUCAGCGCUCUCGUGCUGCGGCAGCAGCCAGCAGCAGCGAAGCAGGUGGCACCGGCGGAAACAUGGCGGCACCGGACACAACGGUGGGGUCGCCGCCUCCCCAAGAUUCGGAAGACGCCCGCCUCCGGGUCUCGAAAAUUCUCGCCGAAGACGUCGAAGCCGCAGACCUCCAGUGGUCUCUGUUCGUGGCCGCGCUGCGCUCGUACCGUUACGACACCGUGCUGCGACCUUUCCCAACGUCGUUCGCUGAUCAAGCGACAGACACGAAGCGCAUCGACGAGCUUCGCGACGUGGCUUCCAGAGUUCCGCCGCUUGGCGCCCUGUUGCCCGCCGGCUGUGAUGGCGCCAAGUCAUCAGCAGGCACCGCCGCGAAGGGAGUUCCUCGGGAGUCCUGGGAGCUGCUACUCUGGGUCCUCACGUGCGGCGGCGUCCGUCUCAGGUCUCGAAGGAAGGAGGACGUCCCCGAACUGAGCGGUGACUCUGCCGUCGACGCGGUCUUCGAGGUCGAGCACAGCCCGCAGGUCGACCGGCGCUUCGAGGGCGCCCGCGGAGACCGCGAAGUCUUCUUCGCCUACCACGGCUCGCGGUUGGACAACUUCUACUCGAUCCUCCACAACGGCCUGCUGGCCCACAUGAACAAGAACUCGUUGUACGGCACCGGUACCUACCUGUCGAGCGAGCUGAGCGUCUCGGCCACCUUCAGUCCGGCAGGGUACGGCUGGCAGCACUCGCGGGUCAGUCCCGAGCUCUCCUGCGUGGCCAUGUGCGAGGUGGUCGACCAUCCGGACGUCAAGUGCCAGGACAGGUGCAGGAGCAGGCCCUCCAGGGCCUACGCCGAGGACUCGAUGGGAGGCAAGGUUCCGGAGAAGUACUACCUCGUGCAGAACAACUCCGUGGUGCGCGUCAAGUACCUGCUGGUGUACACGGCGGUUCGGCCGCCGCCCACGCCGGACGUCUUGCCGGCCGGCACGGUGAGGCCCGGGAACAGGGCCUACUACUCGCCGAGUUGGCACGACUUCCUGUGCAAGAACAAGUCGUGGCUCAUGGUUGCCGCGUACGCGGCGCUUCUGUGCGGCAUCGGGCUGUCAAGUUCGCGCGUGGGUCACAAGCUCAUGGUGAAGCUGUUCUACUGGUGACGAAAGCUCGGCGCCGGUCGGCCUGUCCGUCUCUUGUCUUUGACACGGACUAAAGAAUGGUUAACAUGGGAAAUUGGUGGGCGUCCGCAGGUGUAACCUCACGCCUAAAAAAACGCAAGGAUCGAUGUUCCCACAGAAGCGAAACGGGAAAGCGAGAAGAGGAAGAAAUUGGCGUUGGAGGCCGAUACCUGACCUCCGAUGACUACUAUGAUUUUUUUUUUUUUUUUUACUUCCAACACUAGUCGCCAAUUUUCAUAAGAAAGACACUUUAAGAAUUUUCAUCAGUGUGAAAAAUGUGUGACAGGGUGUGGCGCUAAAAGUGCCUUUGUGAUACAAAUUAAGGGGCCAUCUGCCACGGACGUGGUAUCGUGGCAGCUGUCAUUACGUCGUGUCCGCUCUAUCCAGCUCGUGAAGUGCCUUAUCGAGUGGCCGGUGGGCUUAAUAUUAGCCGCCGUUUGUUAAAACAGGGUGUCCUCUAUUUUUUUUUUUUUUUCUAUUACCGUGUGCUGUCAUCUUGCUCAAAAUAAGGUGUAGCUGUCGACGCGUAUUGUACAGACGUAUUAUUCUAGAACGACGUAGUCAACGUUAUAGGCAACGUUGUUCUAGUGGUUUCUCAGCCUCCUUCUUCACGUACAGUACAAAUGUUUUACGUCGUAUCUGCAGGUUAUUUCUUUACGCCUAGAUAAAUUUUUCUUUUGUUAGCGUGUUUCAAAAACCUUGGCUAGGACAACCGCACGAAGGUCAUUGGACCAUCGCCGUGUAGAUUUUUGUUACGUAAUUUUAUAGAACACGCCGGCACUCUGAUGUAGCGCCAGCGUUCUACUCGUCGUUUUUACUCAGACUGUUCUCUAUCUUUUAAAGGGAACACUGCUCACACAUACGGUUGCGGUAAUAUAUUUUCUUCUUCUUCGUCCUCAGUUUUGUAGGCUUGCUGCAGAUUCGCAGCUUGCGCUUGUUGCUCAAUCACUUUUCCUUUUUCUCAUUUUGUUCCCCAUCUCUCUCUCUUUCAUUUUUCACGGAAGUGCUACGAACCUCGAAUUCGUGAGCCAGCGCGGUUCGUAUCUGUAAUGCCGUGACGCGCUUGUACGGCACGCAUGUCGUAAACUAGCAUGCACCGUCUAGGCUGUGCUGCUGGUUGGCAUCUUUACAAUGUCGGCGUCUAACAGCUUCCUUUCAAAAUGUCUCGGUAAACGCCGGCCGUAACUUUCGUUUUUCUUUUUCGUCCUUCAAAACUCUCGCGUUGAAUAUUGCAUGGCGUAGUUACGCCCUGUAGUUAUUAAAAAAAAAAAACACCGAGGAGUCAAUAAACUCUCUACUUUAUUCACGUU